AUGAGUCGGAGAACGCGACGCUGGAUUCUAAGAGUUUUGCUUUGCUUGGGGAUUGUUUACUUGAAAAUUGGUGGCUUCUCGUCGGUGGUGGCCCUAGGUGCGAGCAUAAUCUGUAACAAGAUCCCCGGUUUGGCCCCCAGACAACGGAUUAUCUGCCAGAGUCGCCCCGAUGCCAUUAUCGUCAUCGGAGAGGGAGCCCAAAUGGGCAUUAACGAGUGUCAGUUUCAGUUCAAAAACGGGCGCUGGAACUGCUCGGCUCUUGGGGAGAGGACCGUCUUCGGAAAAGAGUUGAAAGUGGGCAGCAAAGAGGCUGCGUUCACCUAUGCCAUCAUUGCGGCGGGGGUUGCCCAUGCCAUUACAGCCGCCUGCACACAGGGCAACCUGAGCGAUUGUAGCUGCGACAAGGAGAAGCAGGGUUUCUACAGUAAAGACCAAGGAUGGAAGUGGGGAGGCUGCUCGGCAGAUAUCAGCUACGGCCUGGGCUUCUCCAAAGUUUUUAUUGACGCUCGGGAAAGCAAGCAGAAUGCCCGGACGCUCAUGAACCUCCACAAUAAUGAGGUGGGACGCAAGAUUCUGGAGAAGAACAUGCGGCUGGAAUGCAAGUGUCAUGGCGUCUCGGGCUCCUGCACAACCAAAACCUGCUGGACUACACUCCCCAAGUUCCGCGAGCUGGGCUACAUUCUUAAGGAGAAAUACGCCUACGCCGUGCACGUGGAGCCAGUCAAACCCAGCCGCAACAAGCGCCCCAAAUUCCUCAAAAUCAAGAAGCCUUCCUCUUACCGGAAGCCCCUGGACACGGACCUGGUGUACAUAGACAAGUCGCCCAGCUACUGUGAGGCCGACCCCGUGACGGGGAGCCUGGGCACGCAGGGCCGGGUGUGCAACAAGACCAUGAUGCAGCACAUCAGCGGCUGCGACCUGAUGUGCUGCGGCCGGGGAUACAACACGCACCAGUACUCGCGCGUCUGGCAGUGCAACUGCAAGUUCCUGUGGUGCUGCUACGUCAAAUGCAACACCUGCAGCGAGAGGACAGAGGUCUACACGUGCAAAUGA